UAUCACUUUUUUAUUUUUUUUAUAAUAACUUUAUUAUUAUUACUUUCCUUUUUCUUAAAGUAUAAUUUCUUCCUUUGUUUUGUUUCAUAAAAACCUCAGCAUAAAGCACAAACAAACAAUUUCUUUCAUUCUCCUCUUCUAUUCUUUUUUUUUCAAUAGGUGUUGAAUGCUGAGUACAAGUCAAGUCUAUUUCACCUCUUCAAGACUAUCAUAAUUCUGGGUACUACCCACCCCCACAUAAUAUUUUCAGUGUCUCCAGUUCUAACUGAAAGUUUUACUAUCUAGUGAUAUUCAUGGAUCUGACUUUCCACUGACUAGUUUGAGAUUCCUAGAGAAGAAAGAAUCAUAUAUAACUUACAGAGAAAAAUGUCAUCAUCUGAAAAACCAAGCUCCAAAGGACAGGCAUGGUUCUGCACAACUGGAUUACCAAGUGACAUUGUGGUUGAAGUGGAUGACAUGACCUUUCAUCUCCACAAGUUUCCUCUGAUGUCAAAGAGUAGAAAGCUUCAUGACCUGAUAACCCAGCAAGAAGCUGAAGCAAUAACGCAUUCUACCCUCCCACGGGAGGAAGAAGAUGAAGAUGAAAUCGUGGAAGAACAGUGUCAUGUAGCGUUUACUGAGUUCCCUGGCGGCUCUGAGGCGUUUGAGAUGGCGGCUAAAUUCUGUUACGGUGUUAAAAUGGAACUGUCACCGUCCAAUGUAGCUUCACUCCGUUGCGCCGGUGAGUUUCUUGAUAUGACAGAAGAUUACUCGGAGGAUAAUCUCAUCUCCAAAACAGAGAAGUACAUCUCACAGCAUGUGCUCAAAAGCCUUGGCAAUUCAAUCAAAACCCUAAAAUCCUGCGAGCGGUUGUUUCCUAUGUCGGACGAUUUGGGAAUCACGGAGAGGUGCAUCGAUUCGGUUAUCUCCAGAGCUUCAUCGGCGGAUCCUGCGUUGUUUGGUUGGCCUGUGAGUGAAGCCAUUGCGUCUGCAUCUAAACAGAUACUUUGGAAUGGAAUUGAUGAUGCGGGAAGAAGAAACGGUGCCGGAGAGUCUUGGUUUGAAGAUCUGGCGCUUCUACGUUUACCUCUGUUCAAGCGAUUGAUUCUCGCGAUGAGAGAUGCAGAGCUUAACCCUGAGAUUAUUGAGACCUGCGUAAUGUAUUACGCCAAGAAGUACAUUCCCGGUGUUUCGAGAUCAAGUCGGAAGCCAUUAUCAUCGUCCUCGUCGGUUUUAUCAGAGACGGAGCAGAAAGAGAUUCUGGAAACAGUUGUUUCGAAUCUUCCACACGAGAAGAAUUUGAAUUCAUCGACGGCGACGAGGUUUCUAUUCGGAUUGCUGCGAACGGCGAACAUACUUAACGCUUCCGAAGCAUGUAGAAACUCUUUAGAGAAGAAGAUAGGGUUACAGCUUGAAGAAGCCACACUCGAUGAUCUUCUCGUACCGAGUUAUUCGUAUCUGAACGAAACGCUUUACGAUGUUGAUUGCGUAGAGAGGAUUUUAUCUCAUUUUCUGAAUGACUUCGAAGCAAGAAACGUCGCCGUUGAAACAGUCGCAGAGGUAAUCGAAGGAGGUGAAACCGCCGCGAGAACUCCGGCGAUGAUGCUCGUCGGGAAACUCAUAGACGGAUAUCUCUCUGAAAUAGCUUCAGACGCGAAUCUCAAGCCGGAGAGAUUCUACAAGUUCGCAAUCUCUCUUCCAGAUCAGGCAAGACUCUUCGACGAUGGUCUCUACCGUGCCGUUGAUGUGUAUCUCAAGGCACAUCCAUGGCUUUCGGAAUCGGAUAGGGAGAAGAUUUGCGGAUUACUAGACUGUCAAAAGCUAACGCUAGAAGCAUGCACACACGCGGCUCAAAACGAGAGACUUCCAUUGCGCGCGGUGGUUCAAGUACUUUUUUUCGAGCAGUUACAGCUUCGUCACGCCAUCGCCGAGACGCUGAUAGCGGCGGAGACAGGUACUGAGAUAGGGCGUCACUCGGCUGCGCUGGGACGUGAAGAGGAAGACGGAGGAGAACCAUUACGGUUAGGGUUUGAGUCAGAGGACGUGCAGGAAGAGAACAGCACGUGGCGUGUGACGGUGAGGGAGAAUCAGGUGUUGCGCUUCGAUAUGGAUAGCAUGAGGACGCGGGUGCAUCAGCUGGAACGUGAGUGUUCCUCGAUGAAGAGAGUGAUUGAGAAGAUUGAAAAGCCUGCCACACACGGCGGUGGAUGGAGGGCGUCGCUGGGGAAGAAACUCGGUUGCAAGUUUAAAACUCAGGUUUGUGACUCGCAUCAGUCAGCGGUUGUUGAUACGCGCAAGGGACGCCAACGCAACUCGCAGCAGCAGCAACCGUCUCAUCAUGAAUAGGCACCACGCUCAAUUUCUCGCGUGAGGAUCAUUGUAGUUGGUAGAGUAAAACUGAUACGGGUCCCACUUGUAAUUGUUCAUUUUCCCCUUAUUUUUAAAUCUCUAUAUAAAUUUUCAAUUUAUCACCA